AUGGCCGGGCCGCCAACGCUCCCCGACAAGUCCUCCUCGCGCGCCCCCUCGCCGUCUCCUCAGACCCCGUCUCCCAUAUCGCUGACCGACCAUCACAUCCAGACCCGCCUGGCGCUCGCGGCACAGGCGCAGCGCAACCUGGCCGUAGCCGCAGCCUGCGCCGCCGAAAUGGCGUCCAAGAGCCCGCAGGCCUUUGGCGACAGCCGCAGGUCUGACGAGAACAAGACUCCGGUGAAGGACACUCCCACGACAGACACUCCCAAGACGACGGCCGCCAUGGCCACCGCUGCCGCCACCGGCAGCGCUCAGGGUAAAGGAUCGGUCCGGAACAUGAUCAAGAUGUUUGAGAGCAGCGGCGGCAGCGGGAAGACGCCCGACCGGAAAGUCAGCGCUCUUUCUCUCCGGGGAUCUGCGGGCACCGGCAGCAGCAAGGGUGGUAGCGGCGGAGCGGCGCAGAGGAACCUGCCUCUACGACAGAUGUUCAACGCCACAACGCCGACUCCCGAGUCGAGGGUGGCGCUGAGCCCGCUGCCACCGUCUUCGACCGAGUCCUCUGCAUCGACGGUGGUCUACAUGGGUACUCCUUCACCAGCUGCACCUACUCGUCAGGGCCCUCGAGCUCUACCGGAACCACCAGCCAAGUCUCAGCCGAGCCAGCCUUUGACCUCGCCUCGACCUCACUUUGGAGUCGAGAGCCCCCAGGACACAAACACCAACUCGAGCGAAUCCGGAGGCUCCCAGAACAACACCCAGAAGCAAGAUUCGCCAGAUCAACCUCCUGCAGCCACAGGACGCCCUCCGUUCCGAACUCGUGCACUUAAGAAGCUGCAGAGAGCCACUGCUAUUCGCGUUGCAAGGAAAGUGAGCCCUACUACUAUGGAUAAUCCAACUCCCUCACUUCCGAGAGGAAGCACAAGGGCGCCCGCCCUUUCACCCCCGGAGGAGCGCAUCAACUCCCGCGAAGAAUACAGCCGCAUGCUGGAGUUCGGCCCGAGCCCAGCGAUCAAGACCCCAUCCCCUGCACCACCACCGCCAGCACGAGCUCAACGACAGACGUCCUCAAGCCAAGCCGCAGGCCGUCGUCCACAGCAACAACAGCGGUCCUCCUACUUCCCCCACCACACCGACCCUCGCCACCGCCGCCCCGUCCGCGCAGACCCCAACUCGACCGACCCCCUCGCCGCCGUCAAGGCCCGCCAGAUCUCCCCCUGCACCACGACCUCGGAGUCGUACUAUGCACCCCGGCUCCCGCCGCCGCAGCAGCAAAGAAGGCACCACCACGGACCCCCUGAGACCGAGAUCCCGGCCCCGCCGCCGCGGCGCAGCAAGGACGACGCGGGAGGCGGCGGGGAGGACGACCUCGCGCGCCUCCGGUACCAAAAAUACCUGACCAGCCGGCCCCUGGGCCGCUGCCUCGACCCGCCCAACGAGGACGAGGGAAGGACCAUCGUCCGGGCCGUCACGGCGCCCGUGACCGUCGGCGGCGGCGGCGGCAGUAGCGAGCGCAGCGAGGAGGACAACCCCCUUCCUCCUCCUGCUCCUGCUCCGGCUCCUCCUCCUCCCGCUCCUACAGCAUCCAUGCUGUUCGCGGAGGAUCCGCUCCUCGCCUCCCUCGCGCGCGCCUCGGUAGGAGCCCUGUCCUUCACCUCGCGCGUGUCGUCGUCCGCGUCGUCGUCCUCCUCCUCCGUGUACUCUACUGACUACUGCCUCCAGACGCAGCGCGCGCUCCCGUCGCCGACGCCGGCGCCCCUGCGCACGCAGGCCAGCGCCAGCGCCUUCUGGGACAUGGUGCGCCUGAACCUGCAGCCCACGCCGUCGGACCUCUCCUCGCGCGCCGCCUCGGCCGCCUUCUCGCCCGCGCCGCCGGACCCCUGCCACGGCCCACAGCACCAGCAGCAGCAGCAGCAGCAGGGACAGCGGCAGCGAUCCGGCACCGAGGGCAACAACGACAACAACGACAAGGACAAGGGCAAAGGCAAGCAGCGCUCCGUCGACGACCCCGCCCCCCAGCUCUACUCCUCCUCCGCCCCGCCGCACCCCUUCCAGACGACUCACCACCGCGCCUUCCACCCCCAAUCUCUGUCAUCUUCCUCCUCCUCCGCGCGCCGCCCGUCCGCCGCCACCACGAGCGCGACGGCGACGACGGCGACCAGCCGCGGCCGCAGCGGCACCACCGCCACCACCGCCACCACCGCAGCGUCGUCGUACUCGUCGUCGUCGUCCACCAGACACCACCACCACCACCACCCCGGCUCCCCCUUUUCUUCAUCCUCCUCUGAUCGUCGUCGCGGCCGCGGCUACGCGUCCGGCAACUACGUCUCCAACCCGGGACGGGCCUACAGCCGGAGCGGCAGCGGCAGCGGCGGCGGCGGCGGCGGCGGCGGCGGCAGCAGCAGGACCAGAACGGGGAAGGCGGCGCUCCUGACGCGGCAGAUGUCGAGCGAGGAGAAGCUGCGCGAGGUGGACUCGUUCUUCGACGAGUCCGACGGCCCGCCCAACGGCCCGGCGCCGGGAGGGGCCAAGUGGAUCUGA